AUGCCCGGUCACGAGUCCCGCCUGCUGCUCUCCUGCCUGCUGCUCCUCCUCCUGCUCGGCCAUGUCCCGACAACCGAGGCUUUACACCGCUGGAGUCCCAUGAUGAAGGCCUUUCGGUAUUUGCAGGAGACCAUGCUCCGGAAUAGCUUGGAGCGGGCGCAUCUUAACCAUGGGAUUGUCUUCGAGUGCCGCACCAUAUCAGCCAAGGACUUUGGCAACGAAGUGCACUUUAACCUGCAACUGGGUGACCUGCGGGGCUUUCGUCGCCUGGAUCCCAAGAAGAAGUUGGCCCUGUUCCUGCACGGUUGGAAUGAUCAGGGCAGCAAGGACUGGGUCCAAGAGCUGUUGCUGACCUGGACCCUCUUCGCCUCCAACUACAAUGUGUGCGUGGUGGACUGGGGAAACCUGUCGCAGAAUGACUACAAAAGCGCCUCGAUGUCCAUCUUCGAUGUGGGUCUAACCGUGGCCGGCAUAAUCAUGGCCUUGGAGGAGCUCCGUCCGAGUCACUUUGACCGCAGCAAUGUCACCCUGGCGGGCUACAGUCUAGGCGCCCAUGCUGCCGGCUAUGCAGGAGCCGUGCUCGAGGGCAAGGUGGAACAAAUUAUUGGCUUGGAUCCAGCGGGACCACUGUUCUCCCUGCCCGCAGAGGUGGCAGCCAAGUAUCGUCUGGAUCCCGGCGAUGCCCAGUUCGUGCAGGUGAUCCACACCUCCGGUGGAUCGUUGGGCACGAGUCUGAAGUGUGGCCAUGCCGACUUCUAUCCGAAUGGAGGCAAAGCUCCUCAGACGAACUGCAAGAUGUUUGCCAAUCUGCGGGAUAUGCAGAAUUCCAAUCCCAUUGCCUGCAGCCACUCGGCGGCGGCGAUCUUCUUCCGCCAGUCCAUGGACCCGGAGUAUCCCUUUGUGGGCUACGAGUGCGGCAGCUACUGGGAGUUCUCUGCCGGCUAUUGUGACGGGAAUCGGCGUGCCCGCUUUGGGAUCCACUCGCAGCGGCGGGCGCAGGGCAGCUUCUACUUCCGCACGGCCCCACAGCAGCCCUAUGUGGAGCGGCGGCAGGCCAACUGGCUAAGUGGGGUGGGGCGAAUGGCCAAGGUUGGGGGUCAGGAUCAGGCCGAGAGCAGCCCCCCUUGUUCUACGCCUCUGGACGAAUAGCUGGCGAAGGCGGGAACGGGAGCGGGCGUGGGACAGAGGUCGCUGUGCCUAAGUUAGUUUUUUUAAGUCUAGUUUUUAGAGAUUUUUUGUAAG